GCAUCUCUCUGGCUUUUGCUUUGGUUGCUCGAGAAGAUGAAAAGAGAGUGAAAAAAUUAAUCAAUUGGCGAAGGCUGAGAGAGAAAGAGAGAGAGAGAUGAAGAAGAGUGAGACCUCAGAGGACGAUUCCUUUCGGCCAUGGCAGUCCUAUCACACUGUAUACACUAACGCCAAAGCAGGAAUGGAUGGUGUUGAUAAGGAAAAAGUUCAAAGAAUUGUUUAUGAGAUGAGCAAAGGAUCAAAGUAUUUUCAGAAUGAGGAAAAGAAGGAGGCCGAUAUGAAGCAGAAAAUCGAAAACAUGCGUGCUCGAUACGCUAAACUCACUGCUGCGGACAUAUCUCAUUAUCAGAAGAUUGCUGAUAAAAGGAUUUUAGAGCUAGAAGCUACACGUGAUCUGUCAAGGAUUUGGCUACAUGUAGAUAUGGAUGCUUUCUAUGCAGCUGUUGAAACAUUGAGCAACCCUUCUUUAAAAGGCAAGCCAAUGGCUGUUGGCGGCAUGUCUAUGAUCUCCACUGCUAAUUAUGAGGCACGGAGAUUCGGGGUUCGUGCUGCAAUGCCUGGUUUCAUUGCACGUAGGUUAUGUCCAGGGUUGAUUUUGGUCCCUGUAGACUUUAAGAAGUAUAUUCACUACAGUGAUUUAACUAGAAAAGUUUUUCAGAACUAUGAUUCCGGCUUCAUGGCAACUAGUUUGGAUGAGGCAUACCUUGAUAUAACAAAAAUCUGCAAAGAAAGGGCCAUAACAGGUGGAGAAGUCGCUGAAGAACUCAGAACCAGUGUUUAUGAAGAGACCAGUCUCACUUGUAGUGCCGGAGUGGCACCUAACCGCUUACUUGCUAAGAUAUGCUCUGAUAUUAACAAGCCAAAUGGCCAGUUUGUUUUACCAAAUGAUCGGAUGGCUGUGAUGACAUUUGUAUCAUCUCUUCCUAUACGGAAGAUAGGGGGCAUUGGUAAGGUUACUGAACAUGUUUUGAAGGAUGUUUUUGGAAUCUCGACUUGUGAGGAGAUGCUGCUAAAGAGUAGUGUCCUCUUUGCACUGUUUUCUCCUUCCUCUGCAGGUUUUUUCCUUUCUGUGGGUUUGGGACUUGGGGGGACAAACACCCCUCAAGCUAAGUUGCGGAAAAGUAUUAGCAAUGAGAGAACAUUUUCAGCUACUGCGGAUGAGGCAUUUUUCCAUCAGAAAUUGGUGGAUCUUGCAGAGAUGCUUUCUGCUGACAUGAAAAAAGAAGGUCUUUAUGGGCGAACAUUGACAUUAAAACUGAAAACUGCAUCUUUUGAGAUUCGAACUCGGGCUGUCACUUUGCAAAAAUAUAUUUGUUCAAGUGAAGAUAUCUUGAAGCAUGCUUCAAAGCUGCUGAAGGCUGAAGUUCCUGUAUCUUUGAGACUGAUAGGACUGCGAAUGUCUCAGUUUAAUGAAGACAAGAAUGGUGCUCAGUCUGAUCCUACGCAAAAAACUAUCUCCAACUAUCUUAUAUCAGGAGAUGCUUGUGGAAAAAACAUGGGUGACAACCUGCCCUUGGGUUCAGAUGCCAGUGACAGCCUUUUCUUGAUAGAUACAGAGACUGAUCUUCCUAAUGAGAACCAGAUGACAUCUUCUGAUUAUGCUGUUCCGGUUUACUGCAAUCAAACAUCAGGUCUUAAUGACGGUGACUGCAUGUUAAGCUAUGAUACUGCAGGAAUUGAGCCAUGUCACAGACCUCUGUGCAAUGAAUCUAAUGACGAGGUUGAGGACGCCAACAUGAUGGGGAAUAAACUGAAGCCUUGUGAUACUGGAGCUUCACAUUUGGUGGAGACGGAUUCUUUUUCUUUAUCUGAACAAUUUGAGGGAAGCAGCCUAGAUAGACUGAAGGAGAGUGCAAACAUGUCAUGCAAUGAAGCAGGGUCUUCAGCAAAUCGGAAAGAGCCCUUCUUUUGGGUGAAUGAUUACAAGUGUUCGCUUUGUGGGGUUGAACUGCCUCUCAGUUUUCUUGAGGAAAGACAAGAACAUUCUGAUUUUCAUCUAGCUGAAAGGCUGCAGCAGGAGGAAUCAGUUGAUCUCAUGCUGAAGCAGAGGUUUAUCCGGAAAGAUCACAUUGUGAGCCAUAGCCGCUGUAAAAAGAAGCACAAGUCAUCUCCUACGGGUGGUAAACAUCUGCCUAUUGAUAUGUUUUUUGUCAAGACAAGUCAGAAGAAUUAGUGUUGUACAUUUGCUCCCAUUGUAUAUAGUAGCGAGAAAUCAACUUAUUCGUGAAAUGAUUGUCGUACCAACAUUGUUGUAUCUCAAUUUAUACGGUGAUAAUAAAAUCAUCCUUGUUAAUAUGUAACUUUAAGCAAAUUUGAGAGUGUAUAAUUUUAUUUUAUUUUAUUUUUUUUA